AAUGCUCAAAAAUGGCAGCGAGAAGGUAAUUUCUUACACGGGUGUAGUCGGUGGAGAAUUUGUGUGCAGUGAUGAGUGACAAGUGAUAACAUUUUUUUCAUCAGUCGUCAGGAUGUCAUCUGAAAGGAUGGAGUGGGUGGAAAUCAUUGAACCUCGCACGAAGGAGCAUAUGUAUGCCAAUCUCACAACUGGCGAGUGUGUUUGGGAUCCACCACCUGGAGUACCAGUUAAAAAGACUGACAACAAUCAAUGGUGGGAGCUGUUUGAUCAGAAUACAUCGAGGUUUUACUACUAUAAUGCAACUUCUCAAAAGACUGUGUGGCACAGGCCUCAGAACUGUGACAUAAUUCCUUUGGCAAAACUGCAGACUCUUAAACAAAACACUGAGCCUCUUCCUGAAGAUCAAGCAGCACAAGAGGAACCAAAGAAGAAAGAGUCUGUAGCCACCCAAACACCAGGCCGUACAGUAAGGAGCUCAAAGUCUUCACACGAUUCAGCAGGGACGGCUGCUCCAACCCAUCAGCAUGACAAGACUGAAACCAUAAGAAAUUCAAGGUUAGCAGCUACUGGUAGUGGUAAGAUAUCUGUUAGUUCCGAGACACAGACAUCUCCUUCAGGAUCUCCGAGAUCUGGACGACACUCUCACCAUCAUCGCCACCAUCACAGGCACCAUCAGACGAAUAGGCCAGUUGAAGAUGUCGGACAUCGAUCUACUGCGUGGUACACACGAACAGCUCAUUCUCAGGAUUCUGGGCGAUCAAGUGACUCGAGUUCAGUAUCGCACAGCCGCACAUCACUGGAAUCAGGGUAUCGUCUUUUAGAAUCUCCACACCAUCAUCACAAUCACCACAGCCACCGAUACACAAACCCAGCUGGCCUUUCCCCACCACCUCCGCAACCUGCUGCAGAUCACAGACAUAGAGAAGCUGGCAUGGGCCUUACUCUGUCUACAAGCACUCCUCUUUUCAAGAAGAAACCGUUAGGAGAAGCAAAUUCACAGGUCCCCCACUUGACGCAGCAGCAACGAAGUAGUCUUGACAAAUAUGGUUUGUUAUCUGUACAUUUGGCUGGAAGUCACCAUAGGGAUCAAGGAUCCUUGCUUGCCAAACAGAGGAGUUUCGAUGUAGCAGAAAGUAGCCAAGCUAUUGGUGGCUACCAGUUUGGCCAUGACAUCCAUUUGCGUCAUUCAAACCAAAGCCAACUACCAGCUCCUCUUGCAAGAAGCUAUAGCUUUAUGCAACGCCGAGAAAAAUAUCAUCAGCAUCAAGAUGAGGAUGAUUCAAUGCAUGAAAAGUAUUUCCUGGGAACAGGGAGUGGUAAUUCAGGAAUGCGUUCUGUGGAGUCUACACCACAGGCUCGGCGGAAGUAUCACAGUGGGGGUAGUAGUCGGCAGACAUCUGGAACUGGCACAACAGAUUACAUUAAUUUUGUAACUCCUCCAACACAGUGUUAUACAAAACAUGGAUCAAAUUCUUUAGGUGUUCAUUCUGGAAGUAGAGUGUCUAAAGAACUGUUAGAUACAGCUAAAGAUGAUGUUCUGAACAUUACAACACCACUAAUGCACAGAAAAACUAAAUCUGAGUCGAGAUAUCGUGAGCCGGUGGUGCACCAACAAAAGAAGCAACCUCACAAAUAUAAUUUUGCGAGUAUAGAACGACCAGCUCAGUCAGUGGCUUCAUCGAAUAAGACUUUAAGUAAUGAUGAAAAUUCUAGCAGUGAAGAACCAACCUCCAGUCCCUCUGCAUCAUCACCAGCUACAUCUCCAUGUAGCCCAUCUGCACUUAGAAACAAGAAGAGUCACUCGAAUACAUUCAUGCCCGUUGAUAUUCCCAGGCAGAGGUGCAAUCUCCAGGAGGACACCACGAAAAACAAUAUUCCAUAUGAUGAUAUGAUUUCAUCUGUUGGACCUGAACUGAAAGGAUUACCACAAUCACCACAACCUCUGAGAGAAAGUGGAACACCAAAGAAUUCUGAAUUCAACAAUGGAAAUAAUGGAGUGGGAAAAUUCAAUGAUCUUUCUGCAGUGGACAACAGUAAAGGAAGUAAUGUGUGCUGUGGACCACUUUACAGUAACCUUGAUUAUCAGUAUAUUAUGGACCCUGAGAUGCAGGCCCAUCUCCUCCCACUGCAGCAGUACAUUUUGGAACAGGCAAAACUUUCAGGUUGCUACAGGUUUGGUGAUCCUCUGAAUGAAGAGGCUGAUUCACUGCACUCAGAUGAUGAAGACCAUUCAACAGGAAGAGGUGAAGAUGACAGUGAUGAAUUUGCUGAUGAUGAAGGCAUGUCUAAUCAAGAGGAUUCUAGCUCACAAGAGUACCUUGAUGAUAGCAAUUACCUGGAUGAAGAAGAAAGUCACAGAGAAAAUUACAGCCAAUUUCUCUCAGCUCAGAAUCAGCUCAGGAUAAGGUCAAAAUUUCAUGGAGAUUUUCGAAAUAAUGACUGUGGAGAUGGCGGUGGAUAUUACAACACAAACUUAAUUAGUACUCCAGCAUUGACUGCAGCAAGUCUUCAACAACAUCAGCAACAACAGACGUGCCAUUCAAGGGGUAGUGGUGGAGCAAUCAUUGGAUCUGUGUCAGGUUCACUUGGUGGCAGCAUGCAGCAUCCAGCACUGUCCAUUCCAAAUAAUUCCAGCACACUUCCACUUGAAACACAGCAUGCUUCUUUGAAGAGGAAAAAGGAAGCACCACCACCACCUACAUUGUAUUCCCCAAUACUGGAGAAAACAGAGCGCCAGUGUAGUCCUGUGCCCCAAACCUUGUCACUGCCUAUUCCUUGUAGUCAUUAUCAAAGUAACAUUAAUGGUAAUGGCAACAGUAGUUUUGUGUUUCGCCCACUUUCUCUCCCGGCACCUUCUUAUAUGGAGGCCAAAAAAAGCAGCGAUAGUGCUCUCACCCUGGAUUCACAGCAGCUUGGACAGCAGUCACACGUCGUUCUGAGUCGGGACAAGAAGUUGCCAUCUGAGAGUGAUAUUGAGAAAUAUGCACAAGAUAACCUCAAUAUUCAUAAAAAGGGCAUUUUCCGUAAAAAAUUCUCCAUCAGAGAUAUGCUUUCAUGGUCAAAGGAUCCUAUUCGGAAACCAAUGCUAGUGUUAUCAGAUAAAGCAUUGAAGAAAGAUGCUUGUGAUCUUUUCAAAUUGGUACAGAUAUACAUGAAUGAUCGGAAGGCCAAAGUUGGAAUGACUUUUAACAGUGUCGCACUUGAGAUAUGCAAUUAUGGUUACAGUAAACCAGCUUUAAGGGAUGAACUUUACAUUCAGAUAUGCCGCCAAACCACUGAAAAUCCUAGAAGGGAGAGCCUUCGACGUGGAUGGGAGCUUCUUGCCAUUUGCCUUGCUUUCUUCCCACCGUCCCCAAAAUUUCAGUCAUAUCUGGAUGGAUACAUGAACAGGCACAGGGAUCCUGCUUUUGAUUUCCCAGAAGUUGGAAAAUGGCCAAUUCAUGUUCAGAUAAGUCAUUAUGCCACAGUUAGCUGCAAGAGGCUAGAACGUAUUGGGCACACUGGAAAAAAGGCUCCACGGAAACCUACCAUUGAGGAGAUUGAUCAAGCAAGACUGCAAAUAUUUCGACCCAGCAUGUUUGGAAACACGCUGCAAGAAGUUAUGGCAUUGCAAAAAGACAGAUUUCCUCAUAGAAAACUUCCAUGGGUUCAGACAACACUUUCUGAAGAAGUCCUCAAACUUCAAGGUGCCCAAACUGAAGGAAUAUUCAGGGUAUCAGCAGAUGUAGAUGAAGUGAAUUCAUUGAAAAGUCGAAUAGAUCGCUGGGAUUUACCUUCAGCGGAAAUGACAGAUGGCCAUGCACCAGCCUCCCUUUUAAAGCUGUGGUAUCGCGAGCUGUAUGAACCCCUAAUACCUGACAACAUGUAUACAGAAUGUGUGAAUCAUCACGCUGAUCCAGAAAAGGCUGUGGCAAUUGUGCAUAAACUCCCAGAACUUAACAAACUUGUUCUGUGCUACCUCAUACGCUUCCUCCAGAUAUUUGCAAGGAGUGAAGUUGUCCAAGUUACAAAGAUGGAUUCGAGCAAUUUGGCAAUGGUCAUGGCUCCCAAUUGCUUGCGAUGCACUUCAGAUGAUCCUCGUGUGAUUUUUGAAAAUGCGCGGAAGGAAAUGGCAUUCAUGAGGACACUUAUUCAGAGCCUUGACACAAGCUUUAUGGAAGGAGUGUAUUAGCUUGCAAUGCGAAGGGUAGUGUACUGACUCUUCCUUCUGUUGGGGGAUAUUUGAAAACGUGAAUCUCUUGUACAUAAGUGUUGUUAUUUUGGUAAGUUGCUAUCUGUUGAUAUCAAAACAGAUUUACCGGUGAAACUUUUGCCUUUUAAAGCCUUUAGAAGUGCACAGGUAUGCCUAUUUGUAUUGUGUAUUUGUUCAUACCAAGUUUUAUGGAAAGUCAUUGUAAAUAAAAUAUGAAAAAUACUAUGUUAUAUGGAAAAGCUUAAUUACCAAAGCUUAUGAGAUAAAAUAACUUGUAAAGAUUGUGAGAGAAUUAUAAUUAUUUAUUGUUUUUAUUAUUUGUCACAUUUUUGCCAUUUUUAAAAUAACCACCAUGUAAAUUUUUGUACAGAACCAUCACUAUUAACUUAAUUUUUUAAAUAAUAUUUCAUAUAGAUCUUAUUGUUAUCUAUACAGUGUGUUUCCAUUUAAUGGUAUUUUUCUUUAUGUCUUGUGUAUUGUAAUAUUUUGACACUUAACUUGAGAUAUAAUAAACAGGUCAUUACCAAAAUACUUGACAGUAAUGCAUAAUGUAUGUUGUUGAUUAUUCAAAUGCAUCAAGAUCAUACAUUAAGGCUUUUAUUAUAGAACACAUGUGCCUGUGCUGUUAUACCAUUCCGCACUAAUAUAUGGGUGCUGUUACAGUAGUAUUAGAUAUUAUACUUCGAAAGAGCAGUUAAGAAAUUUUAAUAACUCCAGCAGUGUAUGGCAUUAAGUACAUUUCAUUUUUACUGGUUAUAUUAUGAUGUUUCUGGUUUAUAUACACCAUACCCAUCCAUACUCUGUUAGCCAAUUGCCAUUGUUGACAAUUUUCUGUAUCAUCAGUAUAGAAAUUACUUGUGGUUGCCAUGAAAAAGAAACUAAAAAUACACACUUUCCAUGUUUUCUUCUAUUACUGAGUAGAUGAAACACCUAUUGUACUUAGGGAUAACAAUUCUUUAAUUGUGUUGCCAUUAACUUGAAAACAGAAAUAAAAUUUUAUUUGUGUGUGUGUGUGUGUGUGUGUGUGUGUGUGUGUGUGUGGGUGGGUGGGUGCGCGCACGUGCUUGUGUGUGCACGCGUGGAUGUGCGCGCAUGUGUGCAUUUAACAAAUUUCAUGUAUGCUUCACAUUACGUCAUGUGUUAUGCUCCUUUUGUAUAAUCAUGACUGUCUACACCAAUCUUAACUCAUGGCAUAAUUACUUCAGACUGAAUAUUGUACAAAGUUUAAAUAAACACUUCUUUGUAAUGCCAUAAUUGUGUUUUCAUGCUCUUUGUAAAUUUUGACAUGGUAGUGUAGAACUGAAGCAACGAACUUGUUCUUUGAUGUUUGUGUAUAAUUAUUGUCGCAAGUACUACCAGUACUGUUAUUAUUUUUAUCUGUUUACUGCUUAUGUUGUCAUAGCCUUAGUAGAUGCCAAAGAUUUUUUUGUAACAUUCCAAGUCAUUCAGUUAAGUUCUGGGCCUAUAUUUAUUUGUGGAACUGUAAAAGUUUUGUUCCAAAUAUAUUUCAAAAAGUCAUGUAGAAAUAUCAUAAUUUACUAAAUUUAAUGUCCACUCCACAUCAUUAAAACUACUUUUGAUUCAUCAGUAUUAUUUCUGUAAAUUUAUGACCUUCAUGAAUAAUUGUGUGUUGUGUAUGAAUAUACUAUAAAUGCCAUUUUGAAGGGAUUUAAAGUGUAUAAAAAUGUUUCUUAUGACCUUAGGGUUGUUCAUUUGGUUAUUAAAUGUACACAUGCACUUCAAGCAUUAGUGUUGUUAACAUUGUACUUGGUGAUUUUAAGUAUGUUUGAUUGUUUUAAUUAAUGUUUCUUGAGCUGCUUACCUCAUAUGGAAACAUUCAUUUGCAGUAAAUAAAUUUUUGCUGCACUGUUAUUCAUACCAGAACAUUUUCUGUCAGUACAUAAUUGGCCUAUGUGCUCCAUCAAAUUUUAAUUUACUUGUAGUAUUCACAUUUACUAAUGUGAAAUACAUUUAAUAAUGUUAAUUAGCAUUCUUGAUGAGUCCUGUUAUGUACUGUUGCUUGUUUUCUUAUAUACUGUUCUGUUGAUGGAUUUUAUAAUGUGCCUUACACAUUAGUGCAUGUGUAAUAAGGAAACUGGUAUCCUAGCAGUAAAUACGUAACAAAUAUCCAGUUCGCUGUCUGACGGUUGUAAUAGUUACCAGCCCACUUGGAGGUAAAGAGAUGAAAAAAGAAACAGCAGGCAAAAAAUGAAUUUGCUCAGGACCACUAACAAAAGGUUGCUGCUCGUUUAUUUUAUAAUAUUUUUCUGUGUGUAACAGUGACUGUGGAAGACCUAUGGCCUAUUAAAGAAUAUAGAAAGUGAUGCAAAUUAGCUGGGGUUGGAUUAAUAUCUGCUCAUGUGAAUUCUAAUACAUAUCAUUUACAUUACAUUUCUGUUAAUGAUUAUUUUGUCCUGAGGUUUCAUAUUGGUCUUCCAGUGCAUUAUUAGUAGGAAAAAUAUAAUGCAUCAGGUUGUGGUUGGUGUAUCUGCUUUCAGUGAUGAAAUUUUCAAAGGAAGCAUGUAGACCAUGUGAUCUGUUUAUAGAGAAGUUCUUUACAGCUUCACAUUGGUGCUUUCUGAGGUCCUGUAUAAUUAGGAUAUGUACUGGCUUUGAUAUGAUUGAAGUUUAAAUAAUUUAUGUAAAUCUGGUAUCCAAAUACCCUUUGUAUAAGCACUUAUUUUCCUUCAAGAAAUGAAUAUAAAUUGGUGUAUUUCUUUGAGAUAAAUUAUUUUUACGUACAAAAGAAAUUUGUACCUGGCAUAUAUUCUAAGAAUCUAUGUCAGAAUGUUGAAUCUGAUUAUUUCCGUUGCUUAAAAGCAUUAUGUUUUGAGUGUGAGUAAUAUCUUACCUGUCUAUGCACAAAUAACUAGUCACAGAAUGAUGUUAAACUUUGUGUGAAAUACUUCUAUGGAAACAUUAGAUCAACAAAUUUGAAAGCUCAUGUUGUCAAACUUGGGCUUGUAAAUAAAUAGCUAAAUGUCACUUUUGUGAAUAUUAUAGUAAUAUUCAGGAAGCUGUUACACUUUCUGCGAGUACAUAGAGAAUUUAUGUGAAAGCCUUCUUGAGGAAACUGCCAGGGUUCAUUUUCAUUUUGAGCUAGAGCUGUGUGAAAGCACAAUUUAGAAAGUGACAAUAUUUACAUAUUAGCAAUUUGUAAUAUGUUAGUCUUCAUAUACAGUAAGUGACCUUACUUAAAUUGCUUUGGAAUCUCCAUUAUGAACGAAUGUGAGACGUCUUAGACUGCACAGUUUUCAAGAACUUUAUUUGUGAUAAAAUGAGAAGUGUUCUAGUAAUCCUUUAGAAGAAAGCCUGGAAUAAUUUUCACUUCGUUAAAAGCAAAUAGUCAUUGAAGAUAAGAAGGAAUGUAAUAUCACUGUAUUACAGCUAAUUACAUGGGCGUGUGCUUGAUAUAUCAGAAUAUUUUCUUCCUAAGAUUGUAGGAUUAUGCAGUUAAAGAAACAUUAUGUACAAAGAAAUUGAUACAAUAAAAGUUGUGUGAAUUGAACAAAUAAAUUUUCUUGAGUUCCUAAAAUUCUGCCAUGAAAGCUUUAUUCAGUGGUACAUAUGCCAUUCAUGUUGAAAACUCUCACUUCAUUUUACAAAAUAAGUAUGUACUGUUGGUUUGUAGUCAUUGUUAUUGCUAUUAAUUUAACUGACCUUCUCAUACAGGUUUAAGUUGCACAUUUUGAUAAUGCUGUAUAUAAAAUGUGAUACUGUUGCAUUAAACAACUGUUUAGUGUUCAGUAGGUGACCUGAAACUGUGUUAACUCUUAAGAACAAAUUGAAAGUUUCAUUAUCUCACUGAUAAGCUAUGCCUACAGAUCAAUUAUACACACAAUAUGUAAAUUGCCGUGAUUUAACAUCCUUCACAUUGCACCAAAUAGCUUCUUUUUCUCUGAAAACAUACCUAGAGUUCUACUGUUUACUGUUUUGGAAACAGUCAGUGAAAGAAUAUCAGUUUUUCUACUAAAUGUUGUGUGUCCAAAACUCACGAUGGUAUCUCUUCAUGAAUAAGCUACUGUUAAAAGCUCUGAACAUCAGAAAGGAAAUUUUAUAAAAAGGUAUGUGUUUAUGUGAAAAAUGGAAUUAUAACGGAAUAAUUUUUUCCCGUGUUUAACUAAGAGUGCCUGCUAAAUCAGUUUGUGUUGUAAAUUGUCAUUUUUUGCAGAGUUACAAGAUGUUGAUUAAUCCCUCAAGAGUAGCUGUUGUAACAGUUACUAUUGUUUGAUAAUUCAACUUAAAAUUGUAUGACACACAGUUUACACUAUGUGGGGAACCAUUAAAUUCUGUGCUUCAUGCUUGA